AUGUCGCACUACGGCAAACUCCGGGGUGCGAAGAACUUGUAUUUCUACAACCUGGAUGCUUGCGACGAACUUGGGGAAGGUCAUCAGGGGAAUAGUCACUACCAGAAGCAGAAGAUGGUUCGGGAUGUCGUCAAGAAGUACUGCCCGGGCAAGUAUCACGACGUGACUCCCGAUCCCAACAGCAACAAGAAUUUCCUGCUCGACUUCUUCAAGACAGAGUUCGCGAGUAAAGGGCGAGAUGAUAUGGUCCUCAUCUACUUUGACGGCGAGGCGGGAUUGAAUGGGAAGGCUUACGCUUGGUAAAGAAGAAGAAAUCGUCGUUUCACGGUUACUAUGCCAUGCACUAACGCCACUCGACAGGCAAUUCGAACACUACCCGGUGGAUACCAUCCCGGUUUACCCACUCAUCCAGUUCUUCGUGGAUUCUGGUGUUGAUGUGUUCCUCAUCCUGGAUACACAAAUCCCAUCCCGCUUCAAACGAAAAUGGCAACAUUCGCCCGGUGCACCUACGCACGGCAACGACGAGAUCGUGUCUUGCGCAGAACGAUUGAAUGAAAUCGGCAGGAACCGCGCCCCGCAAGACCUGAACCGGAUCCCCGACAACGACUCCACGCUCAACUUCUGCUGGGAAUUCGAAGAAUUCGUCGAGGGCAUCGAUCGAAAGUACGAGAGUUGCCAUGCUCCCUCCAGCCUCCCGCACCUCCUCCGGUGUGUGAAAGCCCUCGCCUUCAACCCGCAACGUCUGUGGCUCAAGAAACCGAGCCGACACGACGACACCUUCAUCGCGAGACUCGUGCUGUGUCCCGAUCAUAUCCGGCUGCACAAGAAGAUUUACUGGUUCGCGAAACAGAUUCAGGGCCCCGGGUUCCGCAAGAGAGGGAUGUGGUACACGUAUUAUACUCAAGAUGAUGACGGGAAUGUCUUUCUGCAUGAAGAUGAGGCGGUCGAUAUGGAAGGGGAGGAUGAGGAGUGCGGCGACGAAGAAGAAGAAGAAGAAGAAGGGGGCGAUGGUGUCCUCGCGUCCGAGGAUGAGAGUGGGGAGAACGAUGACCGACAAGAUGGUGAUGGUGCUACUAUGGGCGAGGGUGAGGGUGUUCCACUGGACGAUGACGAUGAGGAUAACGACGAGGACGACGACGACGACGACGAGAACAACAACAACGGAGACAACGACCAGGACACUAUCAUGAACGAGAAUGGGUAUGUGGAGGAGGAUAAUCAGCCUAGUCUCUUCGUGUGA